AUGCCCUCUUCCAUUGUGCUCGCGAAAUCACCGUCGAAUGCGACAACUGGCAAGGGAAGCUCUCAGAAGCAACAUGAACCCAAAGCACAGUCCCUUAUGGAGCAGGCCGUCCCAUCCGGAGAUGUGGCAGGCGUGGAGCAAAGUCUAGCCCAAGGAGCCAACGCGACGGAACCUAUGCACGGCCAUUUUCCAUUAUGUGUCGCAAUUCGGAACGGGGAAGACGACGUCGCCAUCUUCCUUCUGCAGCACUACCCAGCUCACAGUCUUCAGCCGGCGCCUUGGGCCGAAUCUCUCGACCGCUUUCUGUUACGACUUGGGAUGUUUCCUAUCAACUACAGAUAUCUGCCGUACUUUGGCAGGUUAUUAGCCAUAUUUGUUGUUGUAUUCCUCCUUUACAAAGUACCAGACGUCUUUCCCUUCAAAGUUACAGCAUCCCCAGCGGUUCAUAUAAUUCCCCCUCUUGGUACAGAAAUCUUGUGUUUCCUCUUUAGCAAGUAUUAUCAGGAAUCCCCCUCUCACGCUGGGGUUGUCGGCGCCCAGGCAAUAAAUGCUUUCCUCGAUUCGAAGAUCCAGAGCGAACGGCUGUUGCUGGAACUCCUCGACCGAGGUCUCAUAUCGCCCUACUCAGCCUCAUUUGCCCGGCUCCGUGGCGUGGCGGCAGGCAAGGAAUAUGCAGAAGCCACCCGCCGACUCGCUGCAUUGAGCCGCGCGCCGCCAGAAAGUAACGAGAAGCGUGCUAGUACACCACAUUCAUGA